AUGCAUUAUCCAGACCUUAAUUCGCGAGUCGUGAUCGUGGCUUCAUCUGCCCACCGAGCUAGCACCCUCCCAAAUAGCGACAACUACAACUUCGAAAAGGGCGAAUAUGACCAUAAAACGGCAUAUGAGAAUUCUAAGCUAGCAGCGGUAUAUUCGGCCAACACCAUCGAGCGGUUAUAUGGUGCCCAGGGACUACAUGCUACUAGUCUCCACCCCGGCGCUAUCAACACUAAUAUAUCCCGCAAUAUGCCUCCAGAGUCCUUGGAGGGUCUCUUGACAAACCCCUACGUUCUGAAAAUUUUGAAGUCUUCCCAGCAGGGCGCGGCUACGACAGUGUGGGCAGCUGUGGGCAAGGAGUGGGAGGCAAAGGGUGGCAAGUAUCUUGAGGACUGCAAGGAAGCGGAUCGUGGUCAGGACGAUAGCCAAAUCUUUGGCGCUGGAUGGGUGAAACAGACGUAUAAUCCCGAGGAAGAGAAUCGUCUCUGGAAGGAUUCCCUUAAGAUAGUCGGACUAGAAAGUGAAGCUUGA